AUGAUCUCGGCAUACAUGAAGCUAGCAUCUACAAUGAACACGCAUCUCCUCAAGCCUAACCAUACAUCUAUUCUUCAUCGCUCGUCCAACUCCCGAUACGCUCCCAACCCUCCCAACACUCAGACAGUUAUCAACCUGUCGAUCAAUCUCGGGCAAACUUUGGUGGAAAACUUGUGGCGCGCUGCUGUGCUAUUCUUGAAGCGUGGUGGCUAUUACGGCGGCCGUGAUGCGAAGUCCGGAGAGGGCGAUGCUGCGAUUUUGGAGGGCUCGAAUUGGACAUGUCGAGAAGAGGGUUGA